AUGGAGGCACCAGCCCCGAAUCCCAUGAAGACUGCGGCCAGGAGAGGCAAGGCUAAGCGUAACAGAACACUUCAGUCGUCUAACCCUUCCACGCCCAGUACUGUUCCUUCGACCAGUGGCAUGUCUUCGCCCAAUCCUGCGAGCGACGCCGCCGCCAGCCCAAACCAGGCCAGUGGGUCGAAGAGCUUCCCCAGCAAGACAAUGUCGACUGUGCCGAAACGCUGGGAGUCCCAGGACUUGGACCUCCUCAGGUCGGGACUGUUUGCCGAUGCAGAAAUCUCCUGUUCUGGGUUUGGCGGCGGCCGAAUUCGAAAGGACCUUAGUAAGCUCACUCAGCCGGACCAGGUCCACCGAAACAUCCUAUCAGCUCGCUCUGGCUGGUUCAAGAAGGCCUUCUCCGGCAACUACCAGGAACGAAAAGAUGGCAGAGUCACGCUCGAGGAGGGCACUUGGCACGUGGAUCUGAUGCUCUACUUCUUCUACAGCGGAGGCAUCGACCUGGCCGACAACACCCUCACCGCCGGCAGGAGCGUCAUGAAAAUCAGCAUCGAGCUCAUCCGACUAGGCGGCCGCUUCGAGUCGAAGAGCAUGCAGGACUACGGCGAGGAGCUGCUCGCGACCUACCUGACCGAGCUCCUUGACUACGUCUACGAUACCGGCACCACAGUCACGGGGAGGAAGGCCCGGUUCGGUGAGCAGGCUGACUUCCCAGCUCUGUUCUGCGAUGCUGUCCGCGACGUGUUCUCGACCGUGGGGCCGAUCGAGUCCGCCCAGCGCAUACUCGCGGAUUUCGCCUUCGCGGCGCGCGCACACCUCUUCGCCGACAAUGAGUUUGUGGCUUUGGUAGAGGGCAAGGAGGUGCCUGGUUUUGGAAACUUGGUGCUCACCGCGCAGAUUAAAGGCUCUGUCUCCGAUGCCUUCGCGUCGAGCAAGACAUUCAAGAGGUUGUUGGUCCAGGCCUGGUAUAUCACCCGAUAG